AUGAGCAUGAUAGUAGGUAAGACAAAAUACAGAAACCCUAUAAGCACAACAGUAGAUAAAGUAGAACACAGAAAUCAUGUGAGCACGGCAGUAGAUAAGGCAGAACACAGAAACCCUGUGAGCACCGUAGUAGAUAAGGCAGAACACAGAAACCUUGUGAGCACUACAGUAGGUAAGGCAGAAGCAAAGACAAAGGGCACAGCCACAACAAUAACAACGACAAUGACUACAUCAACAGAAAGCAAAGCAAGCAAAGGCAACGUCAAUGGUGGCAGCAACGGCCACGACAAUGACAAUAGUAGCGGAAAAUGGCAACGACAAAUUCUUCCAUAUUAA